AUGGGGGGGCUGAUGUGGAGCCUGUGCGCCCUACUCUACCUCUCCCUGUGGGAGGGAAGUUCCUGUCAGAGUUCUGGUGAAACCCGGCGGACUAAAGAGACAUCUCUUCACAGAAGUAAAAGAGCUCCCGUAGAUCCCGAUGUCAAAAAGUGUUCCUACACCUUCCUGGUGCCUGAGCAGAAAAUUACAGGUCCAAUCUGUGCCAGCUCCACGGGCCCCGAGCCAGACAAAGACAGAGUGACCCGCAUGGACCUUGCAGACGUGCGAGAAGUACUGAACAAACAGCGGCGCGAGAUCGACACGCUACAGCUGGUGGUGGAUGUGGACGGCAACCUAGUGAAUGAGAUGAAGCUGCUGAGGAAAGAGAGUAGGAACAUGAACUCCAGAGUGACCCAGCUCUACAUGCAGCUGCUGCAUGAGAUCAUCAGGAAGCGAGACAACUCCCUGGAGCUGGCCCAGCUGGAGAACCGCGUCCUCAACGUGACCUCUGAGAUGAUGCGUCUGAACUCCAGGUACAGGGAGUUGGAGGCCCGCUUUGCCAGCAUGGCUGGGGUGGUCAACAACCAGUCCGUUCUCAUCUCAGCCUUGGAGGAGCACUGCCUGAGGCCCGUGGGGCGCAGCGAUCUGCCUGCGGUACCUCCGCUGGUUCAGGUGGUGCCGCAGAAUAUCCCUGUCAACAACCGCUUCACCAAUGAAAUACAGCGGGACCACAACAACCAGGCUUUUUCGCGAGGAUCACGUACGAACUCGCCCACUCCAAGCCCCUUUGGAAAUGAACCUCCGCCGCCGCAGGGAACACUCACUUCUGACGGUCCAUUCAAGGACUGCUUCCAGGUGAGGAAAGCUGGUCACACCACUAGUGGGAUAUACCUGCUGAAGACUGACGGAAGCGAGCGUCUGAUCCAAGUAUGGUGCGAACACGGCCUCGACAACGGCGGCUGGACCGUGUUGCAGAGGAGGCGAGAUGGCUCGGUCAACUUCUUUCGCAACUGGGAAAACUACAAGAGAGGCUUCGGUAACAUUGACGGCGAACACUGGCUCGGUCUAGAGAAUAUAUACAACCUGGGCAAGCAGGGUGACUAUAAACUGAUGGUGGAGCUGGAGGACUGGAAUGGCAAGAAGGUGUACGCCGAGUACGGCAGCUUCCGCCUGGAGUCGGAGAGCGAAGGCUACCGUCUAAGGCUGGGGGCCUACCAGGGCAAUGCUGGUGACUCCUUCACUAGCCACAACGGGAAACAGUUCACCACGCUGGACCGGGACAAGGACGCGUUUUCAGGAAACUGCGCCCACUUCCACAAGGGUGGCUGGUGGUAUAAUGCGUGCGGCCAGACCAACCUGAAUGGCGUCUGGUACAGCGGUGGAGUUUACCGCAGCAAGUUUCAGGAUGGGAUCUUCUGGGCUGAAUACGGAGGGGGAUUCUACUCGCUCAAAUCCGUGCGCUUGAUGAUCCGACCUAUUGACUAG